AUGCCUGGUCUAGUAGCAGAGAGUGGGGUGCCAGGGUGUAGCAGCUCUAGCGCACCGCUGUUUGAGUCUCCUUUGGGCAGCCGUGAGGACCUGAACCCCAAGGAAAACCUGGACGCCGAUGACGGAGAUGGUAAGAGCAACAAUCUGGUGAUGACCUGCCCGCACUUUCGCAACGAGAUCGGGGGAGAAGGGGAACGAAAGAUCUCCCUGUCCAGAGUCAACAGCGCAAGCUACCCUGGGGUUUCGGAGAGCUGUUCGUUUGAGUCGUCUCUGAGCUCGCAUUGCACCAACGCUGGGGUGUCGGUCCUGGAAGUGCCACGGGAGAAUCAGCCCAUCCACCGAGAGAAAGUGAAGCGAUACAUCAUUGAGCAUAUUGACUUGGGGGCCUACUACUAUCACAAGUUCUUCUAUGGAAAAGAACAUCAGAACUACUUUGGAGUUGAUGAGAACUUGGGACCAGUGGCCGUCAGUGUCCGCAGAGAAAAGCUGGACGAAGGAAGGGAGAAGGAAGGAGCACAAUACAACUACAGAGUGACCUUCAGGACGAGCCAGCUGACCACUCUGCGCGGGGCUAUUCUGGAGGAUGCUAUCCCAUCCACGGCCCGACACGGCACGGCUCGCGGGCUGCCACUCAAAGAAGUGCUGGAGUACGUGAUCCCGGAGCUGAACAUCUCCUGUCUGCGACUCGCCAACAACUCUCCCAAAGUCCCGGAGCAGCUCCUCAAACUGGACGAGCAAGGGCUAAGUUUCCAGCACAAAGUGGGAGUUCUCUACUGCAAGGCUGGCCAGAGCACAGAGGAGGAGAUGUACAACAACGAGAGCGCGGGGCCGGCCUUAGAAGAGUUCCUGGACCUUCUGGGACAAAGGGUUCGGCUAAAGGGUUUCACCAAAUACAGAGCGCAGCUGGAUAAUAAGACUGACUCCACUGGGACUCACUCUCUGUACACCACCUACAAGGACUACGAGCUGAUGUUUCACGUUUCCACUUUGCUCCCGUACACUCCCAACAACCGACAACAGUUGUUACGGAAGCGGCACAUCGGCAACGACAUCGUCACCAUCGUGUUCCAGGAGCCGGGGGCGCUUCCUUUCACUCCCAAAAACAUCCGAUCGCAUUUCCAGCAUGUGUUUGUCAUUGUCAAAGUUCACAACCCGUGCACUGAGAACGUCUGCUACAGCGUGGCUGUCUCCAGAUCUAAAGACGUGCCUCCCUUUGGACCGCCAAUCCCAAAAUUAGUGACUUUUCCCAAAUCCGCAGUUUUUAGGGACUUUCUACUCGCCAAGGUCAUCAACGGAGAAAACGCAGCACACAAAUCAGAGAAGUUUCGGGCCAUGGCAACCAGGACGAGACAGGAAUAUCUGAAAGACUUGGCAGAGAACUUUGUCAGCACUGCUACUAUCGACUCGGCUGUGAAAUUCAGCUUCAUAACUUUAGGAGCCAAGAAGAAAGAGAAAUUAAAGCCUAGGAAAGACGCGCAUCUGUUCAGCGUGGGGGCCGUGACUUGGAGCGUGCGAGCCAGGGAUUUCGGACAGUCCAUGGAUGUAGACGGCCUUUUGGGAAUAUCGAACGAGUUUAUCGUGCUCAUCGAAGAGGAGUCGAGAAACGUGAUUUUCAACUGCUCCUGCCGGGACGUGAUCGGAUGGACGUCGGGGAUUAUGAGCAUCAAGAUCUUCUACGAGAGAGGCGAGUGCAUCAUGCUGUCGGCCCACGAUAACUGCGGCGAGGACAUCAGGGAGAUGGUGCAGAGGCUUGAGAUCGCGACUCGUGGCUGUGAGACGUUCGAGAUGACGUUGAGAAGGAACAGUCUGGGUCAGCUGGGGUUUCACGUCAACUUCGAGGGCAUCGUGGCGGACGUGGAGCCCUUUGGAUUUGCUUGGAAGGCCGGGCUGAGGCAGGGCAGCCGGCUGGUGGAGAUCUGCAAAGUGGCCGUAGCAACGCUGACGCACGAGCAGAUGAUCGACCUCCUGAGGACUUCCAUCAGCGUCAAAGUGGUCAUCAUCCAGCCGCAUGAGGACGGGACGCCAAGAAGGGGCUGCUCAGAGCUGUACCGCAUCCCGAUGGUGGAAUACAAAGUGGAUAGCGAGGGGACGCCCUGCGAGUACAAGACCCCGUUCAGGAGGAAUACCACGUGGCACCGCAUGCCCACGGCCGGGGGCCCACAGCUAUCCCGAGGCUCUCCCACCCAGGGGCCCGAGAGACUGCAGUGUCAACAGAUCCUCCAGCAGCAUCAAGGCACCAUCCCCAGAAGCACCUCGUUCGAUAGGAAACUCCCAGAUGGAUCAAGGACCAUGGGAGACUUGGAGAAUCCACAGGUGUCUUCAUGUAACAAAGGGGACCAGCACUACCGCAGUUCUCCCAGUAACCAGUCCUCGUCCAGUGACCCCGGCCCAUGUGGAAGCGGCACAUGGUCCCAACAGCCCGGAUAUGACGGAUGUCCGUCCCCUAUCCUUCACGAUCACACAGGGGACAUGCAGAGAGGGGACGGAGACAUGCACCGGGAGAGAGAGCCCACACUUGAGAGGACCAGGUCUGCAGAAGCCAAAUGGCACAUCCCCUCCACAAAGAUCCUAAACCCACUGAAGCAGAGAGAAGGGAAGGACUCGCCCAACAAACUGUCCAGGACUGACAAGAACUCCAGCCACUCCAGCAGCAACACCCUGUCGAGCAACGCCUCCAGCAACAGCGAUGAUAAGCACUUUGGCUCCGGGGAUCUCAUGGACCCCGAGAUGCUGGGACUGACCUACAUUAAAGGGGCCUCCACGGACAGCGGCAUCGACACCAACUUGUGCGUGCCUCCGGGGGCCCGCGUCUUGCUCCAGCGGAUGUCCGAAGACGGGGGCAGUGAAGAGGAUCAUGGGAAAAUCUAUCUGCCCCAAGGAUAUGCGUCUGCCGUGCUGUCGGGUCACGUGACUGAGGGAAGCAUCGGAGACCUCAGCGAAAUAUCUUCACAUUCAAGUGGGUCACAUCACUCGGGCAGCCCGUUGGCCCGCGGUGCUCGUUACUGUAUGAACGCUGACUCGUCCAAGGCCUACACCAUCCCCCAAACCAGCAGCAGCAGCAGCGCCUCAGACAGGGCAGAGGCGGAAGUGCAGGGCGACGGCUCAGAGCCCUGUGGACAGACUCGCCCUCAGCCCAACGUCCCAACAGGGGAUAGUGCCAAUGAGGAAGAAGAGGGGCCUCCCAACAUUUCACAGUGUGGAGGAGCGGAGAGCUUGUUAGCUUUCCUUCUCCAAAUGCUGUCAGAGCGUUCAAGCGUUCUCCUCCCAGUGCAGCGGCAAUGGAUCGGUCUGACGAGUGUGCCCUUCUCUGCCCUCCGUCUCAUCUGCAGGCAGCUGUAUGCUCAGGAGGCCGCCUGCCGCCUUCAGGACCAACAGGAGGGGAGCACGCUGCAGAGGCUGUCCAAGGAGGAAUAUGUGAAAAUGAUGAUGCCCGACAGCCCCCCGGGAGAGAGCCGAAAGGUGUCAGCUAUGGACAGCCUCUCCCCCAGGCGCUCCCUGUACCGGACCCUCUCUGACGAAAGCGUGUGCAGCAACAGGAAGUGCUCGUCCUACGCCAGUUCACGCAGCUCCAUGUUGGACCAAGCCGUGCCCAAUGACAUCCUCUUCAGUACCACGCCCCCGUACCACUGCACCCUGCCGCCGAGAAUUACCCACAACCAGGGAGCCUCCAACCUGCGCAAUGAGAUUUGGUUUUCGGACGGCUCGCUGGCGGACCGCUCCAAGUUCAGCGACCCCGGCCUCAUGCCCCUCCCAGACCCCGCCUCUCGCUUGGACUGGUCCCACCUGGUCGAUGCGGCCCGGGCCUUCGAAGAUCAGCGAGUGGCGUCUUUCUGCACCAUGACGGACAUGCAGCGCGCCGAGGCUCUGCAGAUCUCCAAAGAGCUCACCAGACGAGUGGCGGAGGCUGGAGGCGCAGCCAUGGACUCUGCCCCUCCCUCGUCUCUCACUGGCAAAGUCAACCAGCUGGAGGUGAUCCUGCGGCAGCUCCAGAAUGACCUCAGAAAGGAGAAAGAGGACAAGGCCAUGCUCCAAGAAGAGGUCCAACAUCUGAGACAGGACAACAUGCGCCUGCAGGAGGAGAGCCUGACCGCGGCCGCACAGCUCAGGAAGUUCACCGAGUGGUUCUUUCACUCCAUCGACAAGAAACCGUGA